AUGGCAACAGGAGAAGAUAUGGAGGCUUUCAGGAGGAGUUCCGUUAUUGCAAGGACCCCUCCACAAGCAGCAGCAACAACAGACAACACAACGGAGAGCAGCCUGCCAACAACGGCUACCCAGCGGCGGACAGAUGUAUCAACACUGGAGAUGAAAGGUCGAGAAGGCACGCCCGGGACGCCGACAACCCAUAUCAGCAAAAAAGUCACUGACGCUCCCAAGCCGCAGCAAAACCCUACUUCCUGCAGCACUGAUGCAAAACAAAGCAGGCAAUGUGAAUUGAUCGACAUCCUUGGAAAAGAAAUUGAUGCACUUAUUCAAUACGUGGAAUCACGCCGUAAUGUCCACGGUGACAUAAGAAGAAUGUGCAGUAUUAUCAAAAGAGCUCACACAGACGUUCUCAUUGAAACGGAUUCAAUGGAACGUUGCAUAAGAAAAUUGUCUACCUCUAAACAGGUGCAAAUUGUUUCGACAGCAGGGAAAAACACUCCUCAGUCGACUAAGAGAACUAGAGCCAAAGAAAGCCCAAGAGCUGCAACCCAGAUUGCAACAAAGUCUCCAGUUGCUAAAAAGAGGAAAAGCGACUCUGAUUCUUCCCGGCCACAAACUGUAAAUCAACCCAUGCAGAGGGAAGAGUGGAAAAAGGUAGAGAAGAAAAAGAAAUCGCUGAAAAGCAGAAAAGGCACCAUCAGGCCAAUGUCGGACGCCAUUAUUAUCGAGAAAAAGGCGGGCGGUACAUCAUAUGCGGAUAUGCUGCGAGCAGUAAAGCACAGCGAAGAACUGAAGGACCUUAGCGGAAAAGUUAAGACGAUGCGACCUACAAAAAAAGGUGGCCUUCUUAUAGAAUUUAAAAGGAGCAAGGAUGUUGAGGCCAGUAGUUACCAAAUGGCUAUUGAAAAAGCGCUGGACGGUGUAGCGUCGGUGAACCUGAAGACGCAUACAGUCACAAUCCAAUGUAAAGGUCUUAUCACUGACCUGAACACGGAGGAGGAGCUACUUGAAGCGAUUACUCAGCAGGCGCAGGUGAAAAAUCUAAAGAUGUCGGCGAUACGAAGCACACGCACCAUUCCAGGAGGUACACAGUCAAUGUAUUUAUCGUUGCGUGCAGAUGAUGCCAAAAAGGUGCUGGAGCUAGGACAUCUCAAAGUAGGAUGGGUAAGAUGUCGAGUAACAGAAGUUACAUCACCGAGACGGUGCUACAGAUGCUGGGCAUACGAUCACGUAGCAACCGCGUGUAAAGAACCCGAUCGCACCAAAUUGUGCAGACGAUGUGGAAAAGAAGGCCACCAAGCAGCAAGCUGCAAAAACGAUGAAAAAUGUGCGCUGUGUACCGGAGCACAUGCAGCUGGCAGCGCAAAGUGCCCGCGCUACCAAGAGGCGGUGCGUCUUAGAAAAACAUGA